AUGCAUUCCAUCCUUGCUUCGGCCGUUGCCCUCUCUUCACUGCUCCCUCUGAGCCUCGCUCAGACUUCGGGCACAUUGAACACCCUGACAUUUAACGUUGCUGGCCUUCCUGCUGCCCUCAAUGGCAACGAUGUCCCUGGUGACAAGACGACCAACACUGCUCGUAUCGGAGAGCUUUUCACAAAAUACAACAUCUCGCUCAUCCAUGUUCAAGAAGACUUCAACUACCAUGCUACUCUCUAUGCGAACGACAAGCACCCAUACCGAACGGCUACUAGCGGUGGUGUACCCUUUGGUAGCGGUCUGAACUCGCUGAGCAACUUCCCCUUUACCAGCUUUAACAGGGUCAAGUGGAACACUUGCAGUACUUUUGAUAGCGCAGACUGCCUUACACCCAAGGGCUUCACUGCCAUGCGAGUCAAGUUCGCCGAGGGCGUUGUCAUUGACGCAUACAACCUCCACGCAGACGCUGGCACCACGGACGCCGACAACAAAGCCCGAGCAGACAACCUCCGCCAAGUCUCCGACUACAUCAAAACCUACUCCAUCGGCAACCCCGUCAUCGUCUUCGGCGACUCAAACUCGCGCUACACACGCACCGACGACAUCCCCGCCAUCUUCAAGGAGCAAAACGGCAUGACGGACGUGUGGGUCGAGUUGAUCAAAAACGGGGUUCCGCCCGCCAAAGGCGCCGACGCGCUCCUCUGCUCCAACCCCUCGACAACCAACGAGUGCGAAAUCGUCGACAAAACCUGGUACCGGGGCUCCGCAGCCGUCCAGCUCACAGCCAAGACGUUCGACUACGCAGGCCACAUGUUCCUGCAGGACAACGGCGACAUCCUCAGCGACCACAACGGCGUGCUCGUCGACUUUGCCUGGACCGCCGUCGACCGCUUCGCCCUCUCCGACACCUUUGGCGGCGAAGGCGGAACCUGGUUCAACGACCUCGACACCGUUGCUGCGGCCAGCUCCGCAAAAGUCGCCUCGCUCACGCUGAGGGGCGCCGACCGCGUCGAUAGCAUCGCGUUGAAGCUGGCGUCCGGCCAGACCCUCGCCCAUGGCGGUACUGGCGGCACAGAGGCCAGCUUGACCCUCGCCAGCGGAGAGACGCUCACCGAGGCUACGUUGUGCCAGGGCCAGAGGAACGGCGGUAACAGGCUGUUUUACGCACAGUUCAAGACUAGUGCUGGCAGGACGCUCGCCACGGGUGUUAAGACGAGCGAUUGCGUUACGAGGACUGCGCCCGCGGGUAAGAGCAUUGUUGGGCUUUUGGGUCGUGCCGCGGAUGGGGUCGAUCAGGCUGGGCUUAUUUACUCAAAGUAA